AUGAAUGCCCGAUCUCAAGUAUUCGAACUCACAUUAGAAGGUAGACAGGCUGACGAGGCCGUAGCCAGCCUAUUUCACACAGUCCUUUUUCAUAGAUGUUUAGGUAAAUUUUUGUACAAUAACGAAAGCAGCUAUUCGGUUAGUACUGUAGGUUUUACGGAUGUAGAUUGUGACUUUAUAGAUUUGACAUAUGUUUGCUGUUCAUCAAAUUCACUUAAUCGUCAAGUCAAACAAGAAAUUAGUAAUUUUUCCGAGCAGCUGCGCAGCAACGAAUCUAACGGUUCUGGACAAAUAUCUUUGGAGUUUUUCCAGCGGAAGCCUUCUAGGUAUCUAUUCCUACAGCCCGAAUGUAUACCCUGGGAAGUUUGGACGGUGCGACUACAGCUGAUAACUUUAGAAAACGAGGUAGAAAGACAACUAUGUCGUGAACGCGUUGGAGACCAUUUAACCGAUAAAAUAUUGUACAUCACCGAAGUAAUGAAUAGGCAAGAUUAUUUACCAAAAAUGCCAUCUAAGAGUGAUACGGAUUUGGUGUUUGAUACGUCCCUGCCCGAUGUGCAGCCCUACUUAUUUAAAAUGAACUAUUCAAUAUCGGGACCCUCUAGUGGAACGUCUGUUGGGACCACUAUGAGAAAAUUUAUCAAGGAGAGUCUUAAUUUGUAG